ACCUUGCUCUGCACAACUAAGGCGAACUCGAGCUCGAAUUUCACAGUCCACAUACCGCUCUUUCGCGAAUCCAGGACUUCAACAUGCUGCUAUUCGGGCUGGGAGGGUUAUUCUAUGUCGCCGUGCUCCUCAUCAAUGCGAUAGCAAUUCUCUCAGAAGAUCGGUUCCUCGCAAGAAUUGGGUGGACAGCUUCAGCGGCAGAACCGGGCUUCGGUGGCCAACGCGAUGACGCGAGCGUAAAAGCACGACUCAUCAACCUCGUGUCCUCGGUGCGGACACUAAUGCGAAUACCUCUCAUGUUCAUAAACACCCUCAUGAUAGUCUACCUCCUCGUCCUCGGAUGAUCGCAGCGUAAACGACAGGACAAGAAACGAUACGGCGUCCGGGGUAGCGGUCGAUGCAAAAAGGUGCAGACACAGAAGGAGCACUUGCAAAUUUGAGACAGAUGAAGGUGUACACUCGGAUCAUAAGGAUGCCAUAUGAGCGAUUCCGCGGAUACAGCCCUGAUCCUAAUCAGUGAGGCUCAAGCAAGACCCAAAAAAUGCGCCAAUGAAUGUGGUACAUGGUUGAAAAGCGCAUUGGAUGGAGCCAACCAUGUAGUGGAAACACACCAAUCACUCUAGUAUAAGGCACGAAUCGCCUGACAGAGAAACAAUACAAUCUCAACAUACCCGUUUACUUCAUAAAAUUAAUGAGGCCUAUCUUGCCCAUCAUCAUCAGCCGAUCAGAUCGGUACCACGCAAUUUGAAAAGGCAGAGAAUACAACAAUUCCUUCAAUGAUAAGGAUACUGUUAAUGUCCCAGCAAAGGAGCAGAUCGACCAACCAAGCAAAAAUAGAUAGCAUUCCAAAAGGAUCAUGAUGGCGCAGAUCCAACCCAGAGACCACACAGGCCUGACCUCCGAAGUCAUAACAAUUGGGGAGGGUCAUUGAACCAUAGCUAGAAGUUUUGUAGUUGGUCACGACAAAACGCCCGUGUAGCUU